AGCUGAGUUCUCAUCUAAAUUUUAGCGGGUAAAGAUAUAUCCUUCGACACAACCCCGCCGUUGCUACUUGUACCGACCCGAACUGGGUGGAUGAUAGCCAAUGAUACAAGUACUGAAGAUACGAUUGUGCAGCUCCUUCAGCGUCAGAAAGUAUAACCCUAUGUUUUAAUAUUACGCGUAUCAUUGAAUUCACCGGAAUCGUUACAUACGGUUUCUUCUAUACUUUGUUAUUUGUUCUAUCUUUUGAACUUUAGGAAAUUUUAGCUCCUGUUUUUAGUGUUUCUGACGUUUCGAAGAACCGGGGAUUUGAGGCACUGCUCUCUGUAAAAUCUAGAACAAUGGCACCUCAAAGACGGAUUUCGUGCUCCCCCGCCACCUCAAACCUGUGCGAAUCUGUGAAUGUUGGACCUUCUCAGCACUGGAAGGCCACUAACAAGGAGACUGCUGCUGAGAGUGGUGAAACUGAGUUGGAGGCUAACGUGGAGAAAAUGACUGUUCGACAACUCAGGUUAAAUCUUAGGAGUGCUGGAUUGUCUACUCGAGGGUGCAAGCAUGAGCUUGUAUCGGCCUUCAAGAGUUUCCUAAAUGACACACACAAUGGCAAUGGAUCUUUGGCAGUGGAAGCAUUGGAAAGUAAGGUUUCUUCUGAAGAGAACCGUGCAGAUAUUGUCCAAAACACUUCAAGGAAGAACCUCAAAAGAAUCUCAACUAAAGUUGUUGAAAGGUUAAAUCUUGCCUAUGAAGCUCCUCAAAUUAAGAGAGCUAAGAGAAGAGUGAAGCACGAUUGUCAUGAGGGAGAACAUAUUGAUAUUAAUGGAGAGCAACAAAGAAAGGGGCAAGAUUUCUUGGUUGAGUCCAAUGUGGUGGAAGGUAAGGGGAAGGAACAAUUGAAAAGAAAUGUCUUCUUUCAGAGUGUUAAUCUUACCGCAAAUCAUGAUGAACCUUGGACAAUUUUCGCUCACAAGAAGCCAAAGGAUGGGUGGAUUGCAUACAAUCCCAAAACUCUGAGGCCGCCUCCACUUACUGGUACCGCUAAAGCAUUGAAGUUAAUUUCUUGGAAUGUUAAUGGUUUGAGAGGCUUACUGAAGUUGGACAGCGUUUGCAUAAAGCAACUUGCACAGAGAGAAGAAUUUGAUGUUCUAUGCUUGCAGGAGACUAAAUUGCAGGAGAAAGAUGUUCAGAUAAUUAAGGAGAAGCUUCUUGAUGGAUAUGAUAAUAGCUUUUGGACAUGCAGUGUGUCUAAGCUUGGGUAUUCUGGCACUGCUAUAAUUUCGCGGCUUAAACCACUUUCUGUAAUGUACGGUCUGGGUAUCACAGAUCAUGAUUCAGAAGGGAGACUUGUUACAGUGGAAUUUGAUGACUUAUAUUUAUUGUGUGCAUAUGUUCCCAAUUCUGGUGAUGGCCUAAGGCGAUUGUCGUAUAGAUUCACACAGUGGGAUCCUUCUCUUAGCAAUUAUAUGAAAGAAUUAGAAAAGUCAAAACCUGUUAUUUUGUGUGGUGAUUUAAACUGUGCUCAUGAAGAGAUAGAUAUCUACAAUCCGACAGGAAACAAAAGAAGUGCAGGAUUUACAGACGAGGAAAGGCAAUCAUUCCAAAAGAACUUCUUAAACAGGGGAUUUGUAGACACGUUUAGGAAACAACAUCCUGGCAUUGUUGGUUAUACUUAUUGGGGAUAUAGGCAUGGAGGGCGUAAAAGUAAUAAAGGAUGGAGGCUUGACUAUUUCCUUGCAUCUGAAUCCAUUGCAGACAACGUUCAUGACUCGUACAUUAUCCCAGAUGUUGCAGGAAGUGAUCAUUGUCCCAUUGGACUUGUACUCAAGCUUUAGAAAUGUGAUCAUAUUACCCUGUUCUCCCAUCCGUCCGUCCAUCCGUCACCUGUGAUGGAUGGAAUGAUCUAAACCUGUUAUUAUGGAAUGAAGGAAUCAAACAGGAAGCCAUGUAAGCAAUACGGAUUCUUGGUUGGUCCUGCUAGAGCCAUUAGAUUUUGUACAGAUAUAUGGCUUUUCAAUGGACGUCCUGAUGUGGGGGGGUGGGGGGUGGGGGGGCUUGCCUAGAUUGGCAGUAUAAAGGUAGGUGUUGUUUAUGCUUUUGUUGUUGUACCAAGCCUACAAUACAAUCUAUCACCCCUAUUUUGCCCUUAAUAACACAGUUAUACUCACACACGCAGUGGAAGACCUAGCGGUGGCAUGGGGAGGGGGGGGCCUGCCGCCCUCGCUUCCGGUCCUGAAAAUCAUCUUUAGUACUUGGGUCAUAGAAUUAUGCUCCUCAUAGUCUGGUUGGACAACAAUAGUUCUACGAUGAUUGUAUAGAUGCCCUACAAAUUGCUAAAAGAAAUGUCGUUGCACUUGAAGAAGAGAAGUGAAUUAUAAUUCAAAACAUGAAGUUCAUUUUGAUUUCGAGUAUUGUCUAAAUAGAACAAUUCAAAAUGAUAUAUGCUGGUUUUGAUUAAGGCUAUUAAC